AUGGCCUACCAUGGAUCUCAGCCCUCGGCAUUGUCCACACCGACCUCGCCAGAGCGGAACUCGCGCGGUGGCGGACUAGGAUCCUACGGAGGCUAUGCGGGCAUCGUGGCACCCUCAUCGGGUCAUUCGCCCUUUGCUCGUCCAGAACAAUUCGACCGUCCCUAUGUCACCUCACCCGAGCAACGCUCGCGCACUCAGACCCUGGAAGAAAUGUACUCUGCACCGGAAAACUACCUCGAGAUCGAAGUCAGAGAUCCAAGGACGCAUGAGACAGGCCGAAAGAUGUAUACCGACUACGAAGUGACAUGCCGCACGAACAUACCUGCAUUCAGCCUCAAGUACUCCACCGUCCGACGGCGCUACUCGGAUUUCGAGGCGUUUCGAGAUAUCCUUGAACGAGAAUCGACGCGCGUCAACAUCCCCCCUUUGCCUGGCAAGGUAUUCACCAACCGAUUCACGGAAGAAGUCAUAGAAACGCGGCGAGAGGGACUCGAGCGUUUCUUACAGAUCGUCGCUGGUCACCCGCUGCUACAAACGGGCAGCAGAGUCUUGGGUGCAUUCCUGCAAGAUCCUUCGUGGACGCCAUAG